CUAUGACUUUCAACACAAGUCCAUAGACAUGAAUAGAAGUCAUUGAUUUUAAAAAUAUGAAUACAACUCCUUAUACACUACACCCCCUUAUAUUCUCUCACAAAAACUCAGAAAAUGAGAACAAUUUUAUUCCAAAACAAGUAUUAUGAGGACUCCCAUAGUACCCCACACCAGACUACAAUGCUCUCCGCCUCUCCGCAAUAGAUUGGUACUAUUUGGGGGCCGGGACCCGGGAGUAGAGAAUUUGAGAUAAUUAUUCGACAUGGAGAACACAGGCUCAGCCGCCGCCACCGAUGUCACGAACUGGACGGAGGCAGUCGAGGACCUCGUCACUAGCUUCGAACUCGAGAAGGCCAUUUCUCUACUGGAAUCCGUCGUCUCGAAGCUCGAAAUCGACUCAAAACCCGACCAAUUAUCCGCCGCACUUCUGGACUUGGCGAAGCUCUAUGCGACUCAAGGCUUCUCUCUCAAGGCCGAUGAGGCUUUCUCUCGGGCAAUCAGCAUCAAACAACAAUCCAUCCCCAAUACAGAAGGAAAGAGGGAUGUGGACAAUUCAAAGUCUUCUACUGAUGGAACUUCAGAAGAUUGUGCUUUUCAUAAUGCAAGAGGUAAUCCGGAGAAUUCUUCCAACUUUCCAGGUGAUGACUCGCAAGGCUGUUCAGAUGACGAUUGGGAAGCUAUAGUUGACCGUGAUCCAAGUGAAUUGCUCUCACCAUCAAGCUUGCCAGAAGUAUCUAAUCUUUCUUUGCAUGAUACAAAAGCUCAAGUGCCCAAAAGGCGUGGGAGAGGUACUUUCUUCUACCAAAAGCAUGCAUUGUACAGCGAUCAACAGCCUGGAGGGCCUAGUGUGAAUGAUGAAGGGGUUUCUCAUAGUGCAGAAGGGGGCAUAGAUACAAUCACUUUAAAAUAUGGCACACAGCAUGUGCUUGUUUUGACUGGCUUUCCACUAAGCACUAGGACAACGGACUUGGAAAAGUUACUUGAGAAUCAUAAAGAUCAGGUUGCAAUCAGAUGGGUCAAUGAUACAGUUGCACUUGCAGUUUUCCGAACACCAUCAGCAGCUCAUGAAGCAAGUGAAUAUAUUAAUUGGCCAUAUUCAAUGCAUAUACUUAACGAGGAUGAUGAAAUUUUAAACUCAGUUCGACCUAGAGAUUUGGAGCCGCCUCGUCAAAGGCCACAGACAUCAGCUCAAACUGCGCAGAGACUGAUCGCUCAAAGCAUGGGCAUAAGACUACCCACAUCGGGUUUCGGGACCAAAGAAUUGAAGAAGCUUGAAGAAGACAGGAGGAGUAGAAUUCGUUCUAGACAAAUAAUGAAGGAAGAUGCUUGGGGUGAUGACAUCAACAGCUAGGAUGUAAGUAGUCAUUUAGUUCUGUAUUUGACUUGAAUGAAUUGCUUAAAGGGUCUAUUUUUUUCUUCUUUUUUUUACUUGCUGAAAAUGGGCAUGGAAUGUUGGUUCCCAAUUAUAUGAAUCAGAGAGCUUUAACCGGGAUCCUUUCGUACCCGGUUCUGUUAUACCGGCUGAGUUCCAAGUGAUUUGAAGAUUUUUUUUUUGUAUGUUCUUUUUUAUGUGUUGGGGAAAUAAGUUGCAAAAGAAUGCGCAGAAUCAUUAUUCUUAAUAAUGAAAAAUAGAGUGCAUU